AUGCUUAUUACGUCGUUAGGCUUCUUGGAAAAGGUCGAGUCUGGGAAGGCGCAAGUUGCAGGCUCAGGAUUUGGUGGAAAAGGUCACAGAAGACAAAUACCCAGCAACGUCAUGGGAAAUGCAGACUUUCCUGGCGUACGGCGUGACCACACUACACAAGUGCCAAGUUCAUCGCUACGAGUAGCACGUAUCCCUUUUUGGUCAUUUGUGAGCUCUACAUUAUGUCCUACUACUCGCUUUCUCACAAAGUACGCAGAUCCUGCUGUGUAUCCGCACUUCGAUCUGUAUCCCGCCCGUGCGGCAAAAUUAGCAAGUCGGGAGGAGGACAUUACCAACAAUAAGCUUUUCAUUUCGAGCAGCACGUACCCCUUAUUGAGUCCAACAUUCUUCAUGCUGGCAUGGGACGACCCUAAGGCUAACCGUGGUUAUGUUCAAGUUGGCCGUGAGCGUGUCACCACUUCAAUGGAUGCGGCCGAGAUCGCUGUAUUACGCGCAAAGGCUCCAGACACCAAGGAAUCUAUGGAAAUCGGAUGUGAAAAUCAUCCUACGUUCAGUAAUAAGUGGCCUCAGGAAACUGAAGUACCUAGAUUUAAGCAGACGAUGCUCCACUUUUUCCAGACUUUCCACGAAGUGCACACUAUGGUCAUGAAAUCGAUUGCGUUGGGUCUUGACCUUCCUGAGGAUUUCUUCGACAAUAAGAUCGAUCAUUACGGAACUUUGACACUCUUGUUCCAGGAUUCCAUUGGCGGUUUAGAGGUCCAGAACCCUCAUACUAAGCAUUAUCAACCUGCUUCACCCAUCCCUGGAACAAUUGUUGUAAACGCUGGGGACCUUUUGGCGCGCUGGAGUAACGAUGUUCUCCGUUCAACUCUCCAUCGCGUAGUUGCCCCGCCUGCAACGAAGAUCAACGCUACCGAAGGCAUGACGCCCGCACGGCAAUCAAUUGCAUUCUUCUGCAACCCGAAUUUUGACGCUAUCAUCGAGAGUUUGCCCACUUGCACGAGCACAUCCAAUCCAAGCAGAUAUCCUCCACUUACUACGGAGCAAUACAUUGUAGGACGUUUGGCAACUACUUACUCAUGAAAUACGCUCAGACACGAAAUUCUGACGGUCAAGUAUCGUAUAUUAUUUAUAGUGCAAGCAACGACAUACAUUACGAUUCGUAUGCAGGGUGGUGUCCAGAUGACCGAGUAUGUAUGCAAGAAAGCAUCGUUCGGUCCACAGUUCAUGGAUAAGAGCAUGUAUACGACAUGAAGUGGGUGAAAUGCAAGAUGGUGCAAUCGAUA